GUAAACACAUGCAAACUUUGUUUACGUUCUCAUAAUCAUCACAUGCGUGCCGUAAAUCAAGAAGGUUGAAUAUUUUAGUUGAUUGUCGCUGCUCGCCACAAUCAGUAACAGAUUUGGUAUUUAAUUGGUUUGAUGAGAUUUUCCUCAAUGUUCUCCCGGAUUAGCGCCUGCAGACAUUACGCAAAAGCACGAAAUUCGGGUGUCCUUGGGCGCGGCGCGUGAUGUAACUGUGCCCAAACGUGACGAAACCAGAGCGAAUGGACCGUCCGCGGGAGAACCGCGCCUCGUACGCCGGUUUGGCCGGAGGCAUGACGGGCUGCAUCACCCGGUUCGUGUGCCAACCGCUGGACGUGCUCAAGAUCCGGCUGCAGCUGCAGGUCGAGCCGGUGGCGACGAGUUCGGAAAUAUCCAAGUACCGGUCGAUCGCCCAGUCGGUGUCGUGUAUUUACCGGGAGGAGGGUUUGCUGGCGUUCUGGAAGGGCCACAAUCCGGCGCAGGUGCUUUCUUUGGUGUACGGAUUUUCCCAGUUUUCGUGCUACGAACGGUUGAACGGGGUGUUACGGGAUGUGGCGGUGUUUAAGGAGCACGAUCGUGCGAGAAACUUUUUUUGUGGCGCUUGUAGCGGGUCGUUUGCGGCACUUACGAUUAUGCCGUUGGACGUGAUACGAACGAGGGUGAUUUCGCAGGAUCCUGGGAAGGGCUACAAGAAUGCGUUCCAAGCGUUUGGAAUGAUUUAUAGGCUGGAAGGUGUUCGCGGGUUGUACAGGGGGGUUGGUCCGGCGUUGCUGCAGAUUGCACCGCUGACCGGGGGUCAGUUUAUGUUCCUGAACCUGUUUGGGGGUGUUGUGAAGAGGCUUGAGGGGUUGCCGGAAACGGCGCCGCUUCCGUCGACGGAACUGUUUUUGUGCGGUGGCCUGGCCGGGCUGUCGACGAAGCUGCUAGUCUAUCCGCUGGAUUUGACCAAGAAGCGGCUCCAGAUACAGGGAUUUUCGCGCAAUCGAACCACGUUCGGGCGGCACUUUGUGUGCAACCACAUGGUUCAGUGCCUUUACGAUGUUACGCGGACCGAGGGCUUGCGCGGGCUGUACAAAGGGCUCAGUCCGUCGCUGCUGAAGGCCGGCCUAACGUCUGCAUUUUACUUUUCCAUCUACGAUGGGCUGCUUAGUCUGUUUAACAGUGGCUUUCGAAAAGCGAUUUAGUUUGUAAAGAAUUUAUGUUUGUUUAGAGAUGUAGUAUCGAAUACAAUUUGUACAGAUAGGAAAACCGAAAUAAACUCGCACAAGAUUAUUUACUAAACUUAAA